UCCUCCGCCAGUUGCCAGUUCGCCCGUGUCAAACCAGUGCUGUGAAACGAAUGGAGUGGACCGUACCGCGCCGGUAAGACGGAGGUUUUUCCAACGCCCCUUCUCGUCUAAACCAAACCCUUUACAAGAAGCAUGGGCGUGCCAAGGCACACGGGUGACGGGCACCGGCGAUGCCCCGUCUGCGCGCUGAGCGCCGAGGCCGCCGUGUCCGCGCUGCGGUUCCGCUCGCCCCAAGAGAUCCGGAGGCAUCUCCUGAGCCACGGCGUCGGCGACAUCACGGUCCGGGACGAGACCGUGACCGCGGACAACAGGCGGCGCCGGAGCAUGAACUCGGUGCACGCGUGCAGCACGUGCCACAAGGUGUUCGCCAACAGCAGCAACCUGAACCGCCACGCCAAGACGCACCUUGCAGGGGGGCGCGCGACGGACAUCAAGAAGGCCUCCAAGUCGCUGGACGCCAAGGACGACAAAGAGAACGUCGAGCUCGGCAGGGCGGAGCGCAAGCGGGUGGCCGCCAAGAAGAAGGCCGGCGCCACCCCCACGACGAUCAAGAGCGAGGACCCGAUCAAGGACGUCAAGGAGGAGCUCGCCGACAACCCCACGACGACCGACGGCGAGGAUCUACUCAAGGACGACGUCAAGAAAGAGCCCGUCGACAGCACGACGACGACCGACAGCAAGGACACGCUCAAGGACCUCGUCAAAAAGGUGGUCUUCAAGAAGACGCCAGUCGCCUCGCCCAAGAUGAUGGUCUCCAAGGAGCUAUCCGAGGACUCGAAGGAGGUGUCCUUGCAGGCCGCAGCGACGUCCCCUCCGGGUCCGGCAGACGCCCUUGCCUCCCACAGGAAGCCGAACUUUGACUCAUCCAGUCCUUUUACCUGGAGUAAAAGGUUCCGGAAGGUCGCGGGCGUCAUGCCGAUGUCGCCCCUCGCGGCUUCAACCCCAGAAAAUUCAGCCUCCCCGUCUCUUGCGCAGACAAGUCCCGCCCUAUCUGGAUGGAGUGCCCGCAGUGCUGCCAGCGCCUUGACUCCUCGACCACCCUCUGGUCGCACAUGAGGCGGGUGCACGGCCAGCGGAGGCACGGCCUGCCGACGCCCGGCACCGCCUAGCAAGCCUUGUAGGUCUGGACCUGCUCCGCCUGGUAUGUGAGAUCCGCUCCUUUUACUGGUCAUCAUCAUGUAUUCCGUUUGACAAUUUAGUUAUAUUUUUUAUUACCGACUCUGAUCUAUGAUGAGUGAUUAAGUUUUGUUUUACCGCCACUGACCUGAUUAGUAUGAUUUAGUUUUGCCUAAUCCCCCUUAAUCUAUUAUGAGUUAUGUAUUACCGCACCUGAUCUAUGUUGAGUGAUUUUGUUUGAUUGUACUGUCACUCCACCACUUAUCUGUGUUGAGUGAUGAAGUUUUGUUUAAUCGUUCUUGAUAUACACAUGCUGAGUGAACUUUUGUCUCAUCGCUCCUCAAAUGUGUAAAUUUGUUUCUUUUUUAUUUAAAUAGCACAAGUUUGAAAUGCA